CCGUGUGGCAGUGGCAGCACAGCUCUGCACAACCGCAGCCUCCACCGAGCCGCCCCGGGCGCUCCGAACCAGCGAGACGCGGCCGCCGCCUGAGGGCAAACCGGGCCGGGCGGCCCCCCCCCCGCGGACUACACUUCCCGUCGGGCCCCGCGCCGAGGCAGCGCCGUCCUCCCAGGAGGCCGCGCGGCGCCGUGCUCUGCCAUUGGUCCGAUUCGAAAAGAAACCGCGGCCGGACGGAGCGUGCGGCCGGACGCGGCCGGGCCGGGCGGACGAUACGAGUUUUGCAGUGUGGCUUUGUGCAGCUGAUGAAUAAGGCUUCCAGAUCGGGACUACACACGCAUAUUUCUUUCCAGCCUCAGCUAAUGAACAGUCUUUUAAAGGUUGCAGCAGCACAUACCCUUUCGGGAAGGUAAGCUAACUCAUUUCCUUCAAGGCUUUUUCAGUGGAAAAGGGAAGGUGUAUAUGAUAGUGAACAUCAGCAAAUGUGCAUCAGCAUAUGAGGAAACACUCAAUGUGCUAAAGUUCUCAGGCAUUGCACAAAAAGUUUUAGUUAUGGACACACCUGUUCUUCCUCAAGAUCUGUCGUUUGGCCAGAAAUCAGCAGGAGACUCAUCACUGCUUAAUGUCCGUAGAAUGCCAAUCCCAAGGAAAAGAGAUACUAUCUUGGAAGAUGUGUAUGAAUGUGAUGAAGAGAUGGAGGAAAAGUGCAAUAUGUUAAAAGAAGCAGUGCAGGAAAAUUCAGAGAACGUUGUUAUUUCAAAAGAAAAAUACAUGAUGCUGGUGAAUCUGAUAGAAGAGCUGACGUACAAACUUAUUACUGAAAAGCAAAAUAAUCUACUGCUGGAAAUGAAAAUUCGUGAAGAAGUGGUUCAAGAAUUCAUGCAUUAUUUUGCUCAGCAGGAAGUGGAUUUCAAGUAAGCUGGCUUUAAGUAGUUUUAAAGUUACUUGUUAGGAAAGUGAGAGUAAAUUUACUUAUUUCUCAAAUCUCUCGUGGUUGUAAGAGACCACAAUCUUCUGUGGGAUCUGAUCUUCUACUGCAUCAGUUAAUAUGUUGGUUUCUGUUUGGAUUAUGAGUGCAGGAAAAAUGCUCUUUAGAAAACUUUGGUUUUCAUGUGGGAUGGGUAGGAGUGUGUGUUUAAUUUGCAAGCAAUGUUUUUUCUUGUAGAAGUCUUUCUAAGGGAAGAGUUGCUUUGGUAAGUUGUAGAAAGAGUGACAUGUACAAAUUCUUCGGUUCAUUUCUGUUUUAGUGAUACUCCAAACAUACUGUCUCAAGCAGCUUAGAAAAAAUAUUUUUGGUUAAGUGCUUUCCAUAAUGUGUACUUGUAUCCCUCUUAUUCUUCUGGCAUGUGUGAAAUAUACUUCUGGUUUAGGGAAGGAGCAUUGUUUAGUGUAUUGUUUUGUUGUGCCAAAAUAAAGAAGCAAGAAUCUUUGUUUAUAGGCAACUGUGCUAAUAACUUUUUAGCCUCUGUCAUGGCUAGCUUUUAGC